AGUAUUUCAGAAUUGCUGCACGCUGUGGCCUGGUUGUCUGCAGGCUACACACUCAGCUUGUGGCUACGCACCUUCGGCCACCAAACCCACGACUAUACAAUAUAUCAAAUGUAGUGUUAAAUACAGAAGGAAAAUUUAUUUUCUUUUUUCUUUUGUUGUUUUGAACAAAAACAAGAAAAGGGCUGCUCUGAAUAAGAGUCAGAACGCGUCCUCGCAAACUCUGCGCCAAGAAGAGAACUGGGCGAAAAAUGGCGGUCGACAGGCGAGACGAAAAAGAUGGAGAACUUAAUGUGCUGGAGGAUAUUCUCACCGAGGCACCUGACCAAGACGACGAACUGUAUAAUCCAGAGAGUGAACACGAUAUCGGCGACAAAAAAGGAUCCAAAAGGAAGAAUACCAGAGGGGAUGGACAGGAUUCUAAGCGGUUGAGGUCCUCAGGGCACUCAACCAGGCAGCUCAUGAAAAGGGGAGCGCCAUCCAGUGGGGCUAAUGGGAAGAAACUGGCAAACCCCAGGGGAAGACACGUUCCUGAGGACUUCUACGAUGACCGGAAGAACCACGCAGUAAGAGGUGGCGCCUCCAGAGGAGACCCCCCGAAAGGACACAGUGACAAACCCCUCACCCGCAGCAGAGACUCACAGAGGAGGAUCAAGCCCCUCAUGCCUGAGUUGUCAGAGAAGCUACGGCGCACUAGUGACGAGAGCACGGGCCAGGCUAGCCGCUCUUCCAAGGAUGACGCCCAGUCAGAGCAGUACGCCUCCGACCACGAGACUGGCAGCUCAGCUCCCUCCUCCGAGGGCCAGCACUCAGACUUGGAGGAAGAGGAGGUGAUGGAAGAAGAGGAGGAAGAGGAAGGGGAAAAGGGUGGUGAUGAGGAAGAGGAUGAUGAAGAAGAGGUGGGAGAGGAGGAAGAGGAGGAAGAAUAUGAGCUGGAGGACGGCGACCAGCGGGAGGAGGCAGAGCAGAACGACUACGACACACGGAGCGAGGCCAGCGACUCCCGGUCUGACUCCGUCUCCUUCUCAGACGGCGAGUCUGUGCGCUCUGGAUCGGGCUCUGAGGCCUCAGGUUCUGAGAAGAAGCGCGAGAAACUUCCAUCUUCAGUUCGAGCUGUUCGCAAAGAUCAAACCAGCAAGCUCAAAUACGUUAUUCGAGAUGCCAGGUUCUUCCUGAUCAAAAGUAACAACCAUGAGAAUGUUUCUCUGGCCAAAGCGAAGGGGGUUUGGUCCACACUACCUGUCAACGAGAAGAAGCUGAAUACUGCUUUCCGAGCCGCGAGGAGCGUCAUCCUUGUCUUCUCCGUUCGGGAGAGUGGCAAAUUUCAAGGUUUCGCCCGUCUUUGCUCCGAGUCACAUCACGGAGGUUCCCCCAUCCACUGGGUGCUGCCGGCUGGCAUGAACGCCAAGAUGCUCGGCGGAGUCUUCAAGAUCGACUGGAUUUGCAGGCGUGAGCUGCCAUUCACCAAAACUGCCCACCUUUCCAACCCGUGGAAUGAACACAAGCCUGUUAAGAUCGGACGCGACGGACAGGAGAUCGAGCUAGACUGCGGGACCCAGCUCUGCAUGCUGUUUCCUCCUGACGAGAGCAUUGACUUGUAUCAGGUUAUUCACAAAUUGCGUCACAAGAGGAGGAUGCACUCGGAGUCACGCUCCCGGGGGCGACCGCCCCACCGCGAGCCAGCCGCCCCACGCGACCUGGGAAGGCGUCGCCCAGAAGAAUUUGACAUGCACAACAGGAAACGGCCAAGGAUUGACUAUCCCCCAGAGUUCCCUCAGAGACCAGGCUUCAUGCAAGAUCCACGUAAUCCACCUGUGGACAGGCGUUUUUCUGGAGUCAGGCGGGAUGUGUUUCUCAAUGGGUCUUACAAUGACUACAUGAGGGAGUUCCACCACAACAUUGGGCCGCCCCCUCCUUGGCAAGGAAUGGCACCAUACCCUGGCAUGGAGCAACCACCACACCACCCCUACUACCAGCACCAUGCACCCCCACCCCAGGCUCACCCACCCUACUCUGGGCACCAUCCCGUGCCCCACGACGCCCGCUUUCGGGAGAAAAGGGUGGUGCGCUCCUCCUUCUCCAGUCUGCACGACUAUGACAUGCGUGUGGAUGACUUCUUACGGCGUACCCAGGCGGUUGUGAGCAGCAGGCGGAGUCGUCCUCGUGAGCGUGACAGGCAGCGGGAGCGAGAGAGGCCGCGGGACGCACGGCGAGACCGGGAGAGGGAGCGCGGACGGGAACGCGACCGGGAGAGGGAGCGCAUGAGGGACCGGGAUAGAGAGAAGGAACGAGGGAGAUACCGCAGAUGAAGGGGCCUAAUCGAGGGCAAUUCUGUUCCUCUUUUUUUUCUUUUCUUUUUUUUUUCAGUGCUAGAUAUUUUUUGUUGUUGUGGAAGGCGAACGGAAUGCAUAAAUGUACUUAAUCCAAUCAGAAAUCAUUUUAAAAUAAUUAUUUUCAGUUUAGUGUUCAUGUGUAUCAUGCAUGCAUUGUAUAAAACCAGACCCUUAUUUUUUCAAUUUUACCCUUUUUUUAUUGGAGAACGGCUCAUCAUGUUUUUAGCGUAUGAGCUCGGAGAUCAGCCUAUUCGUUCUGUACAUUUUUUACUUGUGUAUAUGUACAUAUUUUUCUCCUCUGUCCCCUGCCUUUGCAUUUCUGUAUGGGUCUUGUAUGAAGAAAGUUUGGUAACCCACACUUGCCACGGUGUCUUUGUGUUAUACGUAAUUGUACAUGGUGUAAGCAGCCGAAGACAUAACUACUAAAAGGAGUAUUGUACUGUACCAAUGGAGAUGACAGUGUUGUAGCAGUUACCUCUUUUUAGCUUUUUUUUUGUGUUAAAAAGCUUUUUAUGUUGGUGAGUGGAAGAAACUUCUUGUCAUCUACCCACCUCCGUUGUAAGGGUCCAGUUAGUGCAGAAUGACUGAAGUGCAGGCUACAGUUGCGCUGUGACGACUUCUGUGGUGAAAACAAGGUUGUAUCUUUUACCGAUGCUUUUUGUACAAAAAAAUAAAACGAAAGGCAUUUA